CUCGCAUCCCCUCCUGCCGCCACUGCCGCUGAAUCCGCUGCCAUGAACUCAUCCACCACCUCGCCGGUCGAGUUGCGACACAUCACGUCCAACACCAACCUCGCCAGUCCGUCCCGCGAGCGCCGCCUUUCCAACCGCAAUUCCCAGCACCUGAGGACGCAUCGCUUGGGCUCCCGGUCGCCAGCCUCUAUCCCCUCGUCGCCGACAUCUGUCCAUUCCUCCUCUUCCGCGAUCUUCGAACGGGACAUCGAGCCCAUCAACUCGCCUCUGCCGCUCUGCGCUGACCCGCACCACACCGCACGGGCGAAGUUCACGGAAGAGAUAGAACGCUCCGUGCCUUCCGUGCUCGAUAGUGCCGCUGCCGUCCUCACUUCGAACGAUCCCGAAGAUGACGACUUUGACGCCAUUUCCAUCGUCACUCCCGCUCCACUAGAGCCCGCGUACCAAAGUGGGUUCACAAGUCCCACAUCGCGUUUGAGUAGUCGCAGCCCAAGUCCCACGGGUGUCGGUAACAGGAGAAGUCUUCUCUUCAGCAAUACGCUCCCCGGAUCCCCUCCGAGGAAUGUCCAGGGGUCACCCUCAGCGCGGCCGACAGUGCAGACAAGUCCUAUACCGCCAAGUUCAUCUGCACAUCAGACAACAGUGACGCCCACGCCCACAUCGGCGUACUUCUCUGUCUCGUCUAGUGCUGCAUCGGACGCCGAUACGAGCUCGAAUGCAUCCUCGCCUACGACCGCGACGCACACCGAGCACCCUUUGCACAGUCUACCGUCGCACUCGCAGCCGCAACAGCUCACGUCGAUCAAUGUCCCUGCCCCUUUCCCUUCGCACCCUCCAUCUCCCAAAGCUGCCUCAAAAAGGCUGUCUUUCAUCUCCUACGCCGACCUCCUAUCCUCUACCCCUGCAUCCACGCUCCCUUUGUCAAGCCUUACCUCUUCCGCCAUCGUCACGGAGCCUCCCCCGCACAUACCUAGCGUGAUCGGGCUGCCGCAGGCACACUAUGCGGCGAGCUCCAGCGGCGGCAGCAUACACAACUCGCCCAUGUACCUCCUGGAGCGUGACGGUGCCGCAGGGGUCGCCGAUGAUGUCGGAGGAGAGUGGGAGCGAGAAGGUCUAGGCAAAGGAUUGGAGGAGCGACUCGAGGGCCUGACCCUGAAGACUGCGAUGCCGACCAAGGCCUAGUCCUCAACGGGUACGCUUGUGCUGUAAGUUACGACGGAUGAAGACGAUGCGGCCUACGCGGGCCCCGCCCUCCAAACGAAAUGACGAUGAAGAAUACUCCUCCACAAGGUCUAAUGCGUGUAUGCGGUUCUUUCCCUCACGGUCUGCCACAAACUUUCCCCAUCCCCCUUCUUCUUUCCGGUCACCCCUCCUUCGUUCUGGUAUCCCCUUUUCAUUAUGCUUUUCGUAUGCCUCUUCCGAGUUGGACCGUUCAACAACCUACCCUACACUAUCGCCUAAUGGCUUUGUUCUAUGAUUACUCUCAUCGUCCAUCUUGCCUCCUAUUGUGGCCCACCCCAUCCCCGUCCCCCAUCCCCGUCUUUGCGGCCCUUCUCUUCCAGUAAUCCCUUCCCCACGCAUCGACCCUAUAUGCUCCCCCUUUCGCCCGCGCUCAUUGGCGACCCGCCUCACAGGACGCGCGGAGCCUUCCCCCAAUCCAACAACCACAAAGCACACGCCCCGCGGCCCUCGGUCUAUUUAUCCGACCCGGACAAACCCAAGGUCGACGAUGCUGCCAUCACUGCUGCUGCGACAAUACGACCC